CAUAUUAUUGUCAUUCGUUAAUAUUUUCAAGGGCCUCUCUCUCUUUCUUUCUGUCUCUCUGCCAAAGACUUGAUCUUUUUUGGGGAGUUCCUUCUUCUUCAGUAUUGACAUGGGAGAUUCUCAAGAACAUGAAGUGCAGCUUCAUAUUGUAGCAAUGGGAAACUUUGCCUCACCACUGAUCACCCUUGGAUCAGAGUGGACCAAGAUCGAAGGUGGUUAGUUGGUAGGCCAGGAAGACAAAGAAGGAAACUCAUUCACUCGCCAAAGAAAUUUGAUGUGGUGGAUCCGACUGGUCAUCUAUACAAUCUUUGUUCUUGUUGGUCAGACUGUCGCCACUCUCCUUGGAAGAUUAUACUACGACAAAGGUGGCAACAGCAAAUGGUUGGCCGGACUUUUGCUCACUGCAGGUUUCCCUGUUCUUAUUCCCUUAUAUUUCAUUUCAUCACUACCUCAACAUCCCAUUUCCAACAAUCUCAAUCAUAAAUCUCCAUCUCUUUUAGUUUUUGUAUCGGCUUAUAUCUCAGUCGGCAUUCUUUUAGCUGCUGACUCCAUGAUGUAUUCAGUUGGGUACAUGUACCUCCCAGUCUCCACUUAUUCCCUCCUUUGCGCUUCUCAAUUAGCUUUCAAUGCUUUCUUCUCCUUCUUCCUCAACUCUUUGAAGUUCACUUUUCUCAUUAUCAACUCUUUGACCCUUCUUACCAUUUCCUCCAUUCUCCUCAUCUUUCAAACCAAUGACUCGACUGAAUCAAGCGACAAUGAUGGUCAAGUGUCGAAACGACAGUAUGCGAUCGGGUUCAUAUGUACUCUAGCGGCCUCAGCCGGAUAUGGCCUGAUUCUUUCACUUACACAGUGGUUUUUACACAAGGUUGUGAAGAAGGAAACGUUCAAGGUGGUUCUGGAUAUGAUAAUCUAUCCAGCUCUGGUUGCCAGUUGUGUUAUAGUUGUGGGGCUUUUUGGCAGUGGAGAAUGGAAGGGUUUAAGCCAAGAAAUGGAGGGGUUUAAGCUUGGGAAGGUGUCUUAUCUUAUGACUUUGAUAUGGACUGCUGUGUGUUGGCAGGUUUUUUCCAUUGGCGCAAUUGGGUUGAUUUUUGAAGUGUCUUCAGUGUUCUCAAAUGUUAUAAGUACUUUGGGAUUGCCUGUUGUUCCAGUUCUAGCAGUGGUGUUUUUCAAAGAUAAAAUGAGUGGGCUGAAGGUGGGGGCUUUGAUAUUGGCUGUUUGGGGGUUUGUUUCUUAUGUGUAUCAGCAUUAUUUAGAUGACUGUAAGUCCAAAAUUGACAGUAGAAAUGCAAAUGAUGCUGCGAAAGCUUCCAUUGUUGAGAGAAAUAAUGUUAGUGAAGAAUGAGAACAAGGAAUCAACUUGUAAACAGAUACCCUUGACCUAAUAUUCUAGAAAACUGAUCACUUGUUUACUCUACUCCAUUCCAUUGUAUGAAAUAUUA